CGCAGCUCACUCGAAUCUCACGUUCGCCAUGCCUCGCGCCAUCAUUUCCCCCUCGAUCCUCGCCUCAGAUUUCGGUCAGCUCACCGCAGAAUGCAACAGGAUGAUCAAGGGAGGCGCCGAAUGGCUUCACAUGGAUGUCAUGGACGGCCACUUCGUCCCAAACAUCACCAUGGGUGCCCCCGUCCUCUCCUGUGUUUCCAAAGGUGUGCCAGGCAUCUUCAUGGACUGCCAUAUGAUGGUGGCGCAGCCCGAAAAGUGGGUCAACGACAUAGCAGAUGCUGGCGGCUCGCUUUACUGUUUCCACAUCGAGGCCACAUCCGAUGCUCUGUCUAUCAUCAAGUCGAUACAUGACAGGGGCAUGAAGGCUGGCGUCGCUAUCUCGCCCGACACCCCGUCGACAGCGAUCACAGACGAAAUUGGCGCUGCCGCCGACAUGCUGCUCGUCAUGACUGUAUAUCCUGGCCGAGGAGGACAGAAAUUCAUUGAGCGCUGCGUACCCAAGGUCGCCGAGCUCCGGAAACGUUUCCCCGAGAAGGACAUCGAGGUCGAUGGUGGAGUGGGUCCAAAGACUAUUGAUGUUUGUGCCGAUGCCGGGAGUAAUGUUAUCGUUGCCGGCACCGCGAUCUUUGGAGCAGUGAGCGCUGAAGAAGUCAUCGCCAGUCUCAAAGCUACAGUCAAUGCCGCUCAGGCUAAAAUUAUUGGUAGUUAAUCUGCAGUAUAUGGUCCAAAAUAAAGGUUUUGUACAAUGUAGAAGGUAGAAUAUACCAAUUCAAGUUAUUAGAAGGUUGUAUACCGAGAUCAUAUCCCCAAAG